AUGGUCCAUAUUCGUUCCGGCCAAUUUUGGGGAAAUUGCAACGAAGAAGAAGCAAGUGCCUAUCUGGAUAAUUUGGAGCCAAAGCUUCGUGGUGGGUUGUUGUAUCUAUGGAACUUUCCCGAAGAGAGCGGGUCCCUUGGGGUACGAUAUUUGCGCAAUAUCAAUGCCACUCUCGACUUUAGUCCUAGUCUCGAGGGCAAGAAUUCCGAAAAGGGAGGAGAGACAGAUACGGAUACAUUCAUCGCCAAUUCCCGAGAUACAUACCCGAAGGAAACAUCUGGAGAAAUGGGCGUCGAAACACCCGUCUCAUCUGGCUAUUCAUGCGGGAGCUGUGAGUCAUGGUCGACGAUUCGGGGACGCGCGGCAGUUUAG